AUUUAACCAGAAUUUCAUUUUCAUUUGAUGCCCAUUUCAUUUUCUCCCUUUUUUAAAACAAAGGCGGGUACCAUAACGCCCAUCCAUUACACAAUCCACAACAAAAUCAUCAAGAAAUUUAAAAUUCUAACGUUUUUUGAAGGUGUAACGAAAUGGCAGAAGGUGAGGAUAUUCAGCCUCUCGUCUGUGACAAUGGUACCGGAAUGGUCAAGGCUGGUUUUGCCGGAGAUGAUGCUCCAAGGGCUGUGUUUCCCAGCAUUGUGGGCCGCCCUCGUCAUACCGGUGUGAUGGUCGGUAUGGGGCAAAAGGAUGCGUAUGUUGGCGACGAGGCUCAAUCUAAGAGAGGUAUUUUGACUUUGAAAUACCCGAUUGAGCAUGGUAUUGUUAGCAAUUGGGAUGACAUGGAGAAGAUUUGGCAUCAUACCUUUUACAAUGAGCUCCGUGUUGCUCCUGAGGAGCAUCCGGUUCUUCUUACCGAGGCUCCUCUUAAUCCGAAGGCCAAUCGCGAAAAAAUGACUCAGAUCAUGUUCGAGACUUUUAAUACUCCUGCAAUGUAUGUGGCUAUACAGGCUGUUCUUUCGCUUUAUGCCAGCGGGCGUACCACCGGUAUUGUUCUGGACUCUGGAGAUGGUGUUAGCCACACAGUUCCGAUUUACGAAGGCUAUGCCCUUCCGCAUGCCAUUUUGCGUCUCGACCUUGCAGGGCGUGAUCUCACCGACGCCCUUAUGAAAAUCCUGACGGAGCGUGGUUAUUCUUUUACAACCACUGCUGAGCGGGAAAUUGUAAGAGACAUGAAGGAGAAACUAUCCUACAUUGCUCUUGACUAUGAGCAAGAGCUCGAGUUGGGAAAGACCAGCUCGUCUGUUGAGAAAAGCUAUGAACUACCAGACGGGCAGGUUAUUACCAUUGGAGCUGAGCGAUUCCGUUGUCCUGAGGUUCUCUUCCAGCCAUCUAUGAUUGGGAUGGAAGCUGCUGGUAUACAUGAAACCACUUACAACUCUAUCAUGAAAUGUGAUGUCGAUAUCAGGAAGGAUCUCUACGGAAACAUUGUCCUCAGCGGUGGGUCUACUAUGUUCCCGGGAAUCGCUGAUAGGAUGAGCAAGGAGAUUACAGCAUUAGCUCCCAGCAGCAUGAAGAUUAAGGUGGUGGCACCACCAGAAAGGAAGUACAGUGUCUGGAUAGGAGGCUCUAUUUUGGCAUCUCUUAGCACCUUCCAGCAGAUGUGGAUUGCAAAGGCAGAAUAUGAUGAGUCUGGACCAUCAAUUGUUCACAGGAAGUGCUUUUAAUUACGCAAACAAUCAAAAGGCUAAAGCUAUAAAGCAUCCUAUACGAUUUUUUUAUUUUUUAUUCCCUCUUCUUUUUUUUUUGCAAAAGGCUUCUAAACCAAGUGGUUCUUGUCUAUUUUAAAUCUAUAUUUUGUUAUAUUUUCUUUAUUUUUGCUCUGUAAUAUCUGUAAAAUGGAGAUAAGAAUGAUGAGAGGAUCAAAUUUACGAUCCAAUUCUUUUUAAA